CGCCGUUAAAUAAAAAGAAGAGGAAGAAGACAGUCAGCGGUGGUGGUGCACGCACUGUGGACAAGAUGGUUACCUCUAUGUGGCGGAUCACUGGGGCAGUGAAUCGAGCUCUUAUUAAAGCUGGAUACCCUCUUCUGCUGUCUCUGAGACGAGGACAGGCCUCUGUGUCAUAUGCUCAGAGCCUGCUAGGAGCUCCAGAAACACGGCUAACUACUCUAAGCAAUGGCUUGAGGAUUGCCUCUGAAGAGACCAACCAGGCCACAUGCACGGUUGGCCUUUGGAUAGGUUGUGGGAGCAGAUAUGAGUCUGAGAAGAAUAAUGGAGCUGGAUUUUUCCUGGAGCACAUGGCAUUUAAAGGCACAAAGAAGCACCCACAGUCUGCUCUUGAACAGGCAGUGGAGUCUAUGGGAGCUCACCUGAGUGCAUACACCUCUCGGGAACAUACUGCUUACUACAUGAAGACCCUUGCCAAGGACUUGCCUAAAGCGGUGGAGCUCUUGGCAGAAGUAGUGCAGAGCUCAUCUUUGAGUGAGGCUGAUAUAGAGCAGCAGAGGAGUGUGGUGCUAAGAGAGCUGGAAGAGGUGCAAGGUAGCUUGCAGGAUGUUUGCCUGGAUGUGCUCCAUGCCACUGCCUUCCAGGGUACUCCUCUGGGCCAUAGUGUUCUUGGUCCCUCUGCCAAUGCCAGGACACUAACUCGUAAUGAUUUAGUGGAAUACAUCAAUAGCCAUUAUAAAGCUCCUCGCAUGGUCCUGGCUACAGCUGGAGGAGUAAACCAUGAUGAGCUUGUAGGUCUGGCUAAGCAGCAUUUCAGUGGCGUUUCUUUUGAAUAUGAAGGUGAUGCUGUACCUGUUCUGUCCCCAUGCCGUUUCACUGGGAGUGAGAUUCGUAUGCGUGAUGAUGCAUUGCCCCUAGCACACAUUGCUAUUGCUGUAGAGGGAGCUGGAGUUGCAAGCCCUGAUAUUGUGCCACUUAUGGUUGCCAAUUCCAUCAUUGGUAGCUAUGACAUCACAUUUGGGGGUGGCAAGCACUUAAGCAGUCGCCUGGCUCGUCUGGCUGCAGAGCUGAACCUGUGUCACAGUUUCCAGGCUUUCCACUCUUCAUACAGUGACACUGGACUGCUGGGUAUUUAUUUUGUAACAGACAAACAUAAAAUAGAGGACAUGAUGCAUUGGGCUCAGAAUGCCUGGAUGAAUUUGUGCACCACAGUGACUGAGAGUGAUGUGGCUCGAGCCAAGAAUGCUUUGAAGGCUAGCUUAGUGGGACAGCUCAAUGGAACUACACCUGUUUGUGAUGACAUUGGCAGGCACAUACUAAAUUAUGGUCGCCGCAUCCCAUUGGCAGAGUGGGAUGCCAGAAUUGAGGCUGUGACUCCCAAGAUUGUCCGGGAUGUCUGCUCUAAAUACAUCUAUGACAAAUGCCCAGCUGUGUCUGCAGUUGGUCCAAUAGAGCAGGUGCCAGAUUAUAACAGAAUGAGAGGUGCUAUGUACUGGCUCCGAUUUUAAAUGUUCCUUGGGCUGUCAGCCCUCACUGGUGUGAUGUCUCUCUUUGCAACUUUUGUCCUCUCAUCAUUUUCGUACCCUUAUCUUGUAUGAAUUUGAUGAUUAGCAUAUUUGCCCACUUGUUAUCUUAGCCAUCUUUUUCCAAGCUGAGAUGGAGAGAGGAGAAUUUGGUACAUUUACACCUAGAAUGUCAGACAUGGCACAGAGCUAUUUAUGAAUAUAUGUGAUGUUUUGUUUCUGUCCAUUUUGUAUAUAGCAAUAGCUCUCAUUCCGACUUCAAAUAAAACCCUGUCACAUCAA